UUCCAAAAAGUUGUGAGGAAACAAAGUCAGUGGAGGACCAAACUGUAAGUUAUACCCUCGAGGACUGGGCGACCUCCUCCGAGGACUGCCUAGUGGGAUUAAACCAGACGAUGGAUUAAAUCUACCACACAAAACAGGCAACGGCGGCAUUUAAAUUCAGAACGUAAAUAACCUGGAAUGGAUAAAUAAGGUAUUUUUACGUCCGACACCCGAAGGAUUCUGCCAACCCGUCCGCUCGACGGAUUUUGUCCUGUUUCUGUCUACCAAAUUCCACUCGUGGGGUAAUUAUUGCUUGACACGAGACUGCAGGAGAAAAUAUAUACUCAGGCUUUCGCUGACAACAGCUGAAGCCAGAGUUGUAUUAAAAUAAAUGAAUAACUCAUAAACGUAUUAUGUUUUGACGAUCGUUUAGUUGUUGCCUAGCAACAAAAACGUUAAAACAAUUACGGUGUCACAGAACUUACAAGUGAAGGCCAUUAGAGGCAAAGAAAUUUAUUAUUUGCGAUAAAGAGAAAGGGAGGAAGAGGAGAGGAACAGAAAUAGAGAGUGGGAAAGAGAACAAACCAAGAUGAAACCAAUUGUUGAACUUGCCAAGAUAAGUCACUUUUCACGCUAUGAAACAAAUCACCUUAUUAAGAUGUACCAACACUACACAGACAAAAAACUAGACAGGAUCAGGUUCCGGGAUAUUCUGUUGUAUAUAUUUGGAAUGACUAACGACAUUUUAAUGGAUCGAGUUUUCAGGGCAUUUGAUAAAGAUAAUGACAGCUGGAUCUGCAUUGAGGAAUGGAUAGGUGGAUUGUCUGUUUUUCUCAGAGGAAAUAAUGAAGAGAAGAUGGCCUAUUGUUUCGAUGUGUAUGACCUCAACGGUGAUGGUUAUAUUUCCCGAGAAGAAAUGUUUCAAAUGCUGAAGAACUGUUUAAUCAAGCAACCAACAGAAGAAGAUCCCGACGAAGGAAUCAAGGACCUGGUUGAUAUGGUGCUGAAGAAAAUGGAUGUCGAUCAUGAUGCCAGACUCUCAUUCAGCGAUUACCGAACAUCUGUCAUGGCUGAACCCCUCCUUAUUGAGGCUUUUGGUCCCUGUCUCCCAACUGAAGAGCAAAAGGAGUUAUUUAUGACGACACGGGUAUGUGAGAAAAUCCCAGGCCAUGUCUGUGAAGAUUGAGAAUAUUUUACCACUGUUGAUCCGACAUAAAUGGAAUCCUAUUAUAAAUAUUAUAUAAAAUUUGGCAGCAUUUAUUCUACAAAUAUUAAUUUAUUGCUGUUA